UAGGGUUGUGGAGAAGAAUAACCAUGACAUGUUGGUUCAGUUUUCUUCUCUUGUUGGCAGCUCUCCCAGGGGUAAAGGCUCAAAUCCAGCUGGUCCAGUCUGGGGCAGAGGUGAAGAAGCCGGGGGAGUCUGUGAAGAUGUCCUGUAAAGGAUCUGGUUAUACAUUCACUAGCUAUGCAAUCAGCUGGGUUCGACAGGCUCCCGGGAAAGGGCUGGUUUACAUAGGAUGGACUAACACAAAUACAGAGGUGCCUACUUAUGCGGAUAGUUUUAAGGGGAAAGUCACAAUGACCCUGGACACAUCCCUCAGCACAGCCUUUCUACAAGUGAGCAGCCUCAAAGCUGAAGACACGGCCGUUUAUUACUGUGCCAGAGGCACGUAUGAGAAACUGAUUUUCGGGAGCGGCACCAAAGUGACUGUGGAACCAAAAAAUCCAGGGACUUCCAGUCCAUCCAUCUUUGUUGUGAAAUCUGCACAGCCAAAACAAAGCGAUGGCCAAAAGUUGACGGCGGCUUGUUUAGCUAAGGAUUUCUACCCCAAGGCCAUAGAAGUAAACAUGAGUCAUCAGGCAGGCUUGGUAUACAAAUCGGAAGAAGCCAUUCUCUCUUCAAAUGGGAAAUACAGCAUGAUCCAGGUGGUGAAGGUUGACCCGAAUGAAGAAGUGGAGUGCAAUGUUAAACACGACGGAAAAUCUUUUCAGAAAAAGCACCCUCUAUCAGCUCCCAUCUCGGCCCCAAUCAAUAACACUCAAGUGUGUGAAUCUUCAAAUUCCACGUUCGAAGAGCCAAACAUGGAAAAAGUGAACAUGCUGUCAGUGACUGUGCUGGGUCUGCGAGUUCUGCUUGCCAAAAGCAUCGCCUUCAACAUGCUCAUGACGGUCAAGUUGUUCAUUUUCUGAGGUUGUGACGAGUGAACCAGCAACGGGCUGAGGCCAGGAGACAGGGACCAGUGCCAGCGACUUCAGUUGGGGCAGAUAAACCAGUGUAACGCUAUUGGAGUGAGUUGGAACAAAUCCCCAACUGGUGUAAAUGGACGUAGCGCCUUCGGAGUCAAUGGGCCACAUCCCCAACUGCUGUCAAUCGGCGACUUCAAUACGUCUAUCCCAAUGAUCACCUUCUCCGGAUUUGUCCCCAGAUCUUCUUUUCCAUGUUUUAAAUUAUUCAAUUUUUUCUGUUCCCCUUUCCCUUCAUUGCUAGUUAGUUCUGACUCUUAACUGAUGUAUCACAAGAUAGUAAGUACUUGUAUUCUUUUUCAGUCUUCUGUUUAAUAGGAAUAUUUAGCGGGAAGUUUCCCUACCACAGUAUUAUACUGAGGCUUCCAAAUCUCUUAGGCAGCUUUGCAAAAUCUCAGUUUGAUUUUUUCACUAUAUAAAAAUACUGUUUUAUUGCUUAGAAAAUCCAUUCACAGCUGAAGGAUGUUAUCAUUUUAGUGUAGAAAAUUUGCUCGAGGUCUUCUCACUGGUAUAAAUUGGUACAACUCCAUUGACUUCAACAGAGCUGUGCUGAUAUACACCAGCUGAGGAUGUAUUGACAUAUGUAUUCACAUUAUUUUUAAUAGCUAGUAAUUUCACCUUGGAGAUCUGUGCAUUUAUAUGGAACCGGUGGUUGCAGCUUUCAGUGCUUACUACUGAAAUAAUAAAGGUGAUUGUGUAAA